CAGCCCGAUCGUUUGCCCGCUGUUCGGCUGUUUGUUUACACGCGCGCUCUGCGCUCGGCGCCGACACCAGUGCGUGGCGUGGCGUAGCGUAGCGUAGCUGCGAGGCCGGCAUGCCCAUGCCCGCGCUCUCCCGCUCGUAACGGCGACGCCCGGCCCGAUGACGAUGAGCUGCCCGGAGGUGGUGUACCAGGCCUACUACCCGUACCUGUACCAGCGAGCCGCCGCGGGGUCGGCCGCCUCCACGCGCACGCCGCCCUUCCCGGCCUUCUCGCAGUAUGACCGGUUCAACGUGCAGAGGUCGCUGGAGCACCACCACGCGGCGCACCACGCAGCCCACCACGGCUCCCUGGAGCUGCACCACUUCUCGGCAGCGGCGGCCGCGCACCACGCCGGAGGCGGCAGCGGCGGCUCCGUCAGCAGCGGCGGCGGGCCCGGGGGCAGCCCCGCCUCCCCGCCACCACCGCCUCCAGGGCCCGCGCUGCGCCACAAGGACGAGGACAGUAGCAACGCUGGAGAAGCCCCCAGCGUGCCGCCACCCGCGGCUUCGGCUGGCCCGUCCAGCGUGGGCGGCGGCGGGGGCGGCAGCAGCGUGGCGGACGGCGACGAUGACGACGACGUGGACGGCGGCGGCGGCUUCGCGGGCUCCUCGGCCGGCAGCAGCGGCCGCUGCGCACAGUACCUGCGCGCCAACUGCGUCGUCUUCAACAGCUACCCCGAGCCCACGCCGAAACUGGCCGUCGAGUCUCACUUCAACCGCUCCCUGCGCGAAGCUAGCGGUUCGCCCAACCACAUGGAGUCGUCGCCGAUGUCAGCGCGCAACUUCCCCGCCAGCUUCUGGAACAGCAACUACGUGCCGCCACCCACAGCAGCGACGUCUGGGGCGGCGUCUGCGGGGGCGGCAGUGGGCGGGGCGGGAGGCAGCGGGUCAGCUGGCGGCGCGCACCACGACCUGUACUCCGCCGCGGCGGCAGCCGCCGCCUCCGCCACCGACCCCUACCACCACCACCAACACCACCAGUCCGACCCGUGGCACUCGCACUACCAGCAGUACACGCACCACAGUGCACGACUACCACCACCAUCACCACCACCACCACAACAUGGCGGGCUACAGCGGGCUGCUGCUGCCGGGCGCGCGGCUGCCGCAGUACGGCGGCAAGGCGGCCGGCGACGCGUGGGUGUCCGCCCCCGCGCACGGCGCGCGCCUGCACCACGACCAGCCCGCCGCCGCCGCCGCCCACCACCUCGACGCCGCCGCGGCCGCCGCCUACCCCGCCUACCCGGCCGCCUCCAUGGCGGGGCUGGAGGCACAGGUGCAGGAGUCGUCCAAGGACCUGUACUGGUUCUGAGGCUAGGCGCGCCGCUGGGCUCCAGCCGGCGCACCCACAGCCCCAGGACCUCGCCUGCGCGUGCUCGCAUCUGCUCCGCUCCUGAGGACGGCACCACCACAGCCGAAACAGCCACACCGCAGCAGCCUCUCACAGCCGACUCCGCGGGCCUAAGUGUCCAUCCAGUACUCGGCGCUCGGCACGCGGCGUUCCUGGACAUCAAGUGCGAAUCUCUUCCAGAUCUCGAGCACUGAACGCAGCCAACGGUCCUACUGUUUAGCCGUACAUACGUGACAUACGAAUAACACAGUGGACUUCUCAAAAAUCAUCUGCAAUUACAUACUUCUAGAUUUCUGAUAUUUAUUAGUAUUUCAGUCAAAGGUGGGAGCUGUGGUGUCGAAGACAACCGCGAAAGAGUGCAAUAAGAGACUUCACACUUAAAAGUAUGAUAUCCGAGCUACAGAACGACGAAAGAGAGUUCAUUGCGGUGUUGGUGACUUAAGGCCAGGAGAAUUUUUUUUCUUGGGUCACAGGACUUGUACAAGUGAGAAGCACAGUGCAGAAUUAGCGCCUGUGUAGAAAUGAAGUAAACGGCUCUCACGCAUUUCAGUUCGAAUCGAAAUGUUUGUUGCAGCCGUGUAAGCAAUGAGAAAUGUAGGACGUAAUGUCUGUGGUGACAGUGCUGUAGCCUAAAGUCUGAAUUUAAUGAAGAGUAUAUGUAAAAACGUGACGCAACAUUCUUGUGGGAAGCCUAUUGUGGAAUAAGCCAAACUAAUCUGAUUUCAGAUGUCGUGUAUCUUUGUACCAUUUGAGUCGUGGUGAGGUUCCGCAGAAACCUUCCGUUACAUAUAGCAAAAGUUAGGUAUUUAAAAUAUUAGGCGUGCAAAUAUAGAAUGUUCUGGCGUGAUAAUUUGCAUUGAAGACUAUUUUUGCGUUUUCAGAUAGCAGGUAACCACGUUAUCAAGAAAUAUUGUGACGAGUUGGGUCAGUCAUUGUUUGGCGGGUGUGCCUGCACAGGCUGUUCGUCACACAGGUGCAGCAAGAGUUUUGUAAAUAGUUUUUUCUCAAGACAGAUGUAACUAACAAGGAGGCAUUUUGAUCUCGCAGGUGCUUGCGACUUGGAGCUCUGUGUGUGUGUGUGUGUGUGUGUGUGUGUGUGUGUGUGUGUGUUUUGAUGUGUACAGACGCCACGAAGCUCUGACGUACUAAAUGUGCGGCUGCUGUUGCCCGCAAGAACUGCUUACGAUUUUCUUGUGUAAAUAGUAUAAUAUUCGCUAGUGGAGAUCCACGUGACCCAAAUGAGAGUAGCAGUUGCUAUGACUGCAGCUGAUCGGCAGCACAGAAAAAGACAUUGGAGUUUCAUACAUAGCCGUUGUGAGUAGAUUGUUUUGUAGUAUAUCGUUCACCGUGUGCCACCAUAUGGUUCUGCGCUUUCCUCCAUGCCCUGUUGUAUUAAAUAGAGCAAACAAAUAUGUAUUCCUCGUAAUUUAAGGCUUUCGCCAGGAGAUCGUACGAGAAGCCAACCUUUGCGAUUAAGUGGAUAAAUGUUGCCACUAUUUCCAUGUUAGGAAUAUUAUAUUAAUGAUUAUCUCACUGUAAACAGUAAGGCUACUAACAAAUAUGUGCAAUGAUACUGUUAAGAACGUUUUGUGCUGCGACUUUUCAUAAUUUAUUUAUCGAUUCAAAGUUUGUUGUAUUUUUCGUGCUGUGCGACAUAGUAGAAAUUAUUUUUAUCGUUUACUGUCUUUGUAAUAAUAGAAAUAAUAAUUUACUUCGUUUGUUCAGCGAAAGCUGCUUAACGCCACUGCUACCGUGGCAACAAAUAUUAUCUAAGACGAAGCUGCUUCAACGAACUAUAAGAAAACUCUGGUAUCUUUGAAAACAUUUUGGUUUGCUUCAGUGUUAGAGAUGAUUUUGAAAGAUGGCAAAAUUUUCGACUGGUAGUAAGUAAGUUAUUACCGUUUAUAGUGACAUAAGCACUAAUAUGACUGACGCAGAUCACUUGCUUUGCUCUCCAACAUAAGUAUAUGUACAGUACGGCAAGGCAGUUAGCGAGGUGCUGUUUCAGUGAUGGCGAUGAAAUAUGAACCAUUCUUGCAGCUUCUUACCAGCUGUUCCAAAAUAAUAUUCUAGGCUACAUACGGAUGACUGUAUAGUAACGGAAAAUGUUUGGCAUAGAUUAAGCGUCCUCUAAUGAUGAUACUGUACGAUGUUUGUCUCAGUAGUAGUCUAUACUGCCUGCAGAAUUAUACUGCAUUGUAUUUAAACAGAGAUUCGCUUGGGGUGCAUUGUGUUAUGGAUGGGAUUUCAUUCUCAUUGUAGAAGCUCUACAGUGUUGGAGGUCUUUAAUUUUGAAGAACUGGAUUCCAAUCCUGAAAUUGCACCUAAGGACUGUUGCAGCGGCGAGUGUUCCAGAUAACUGAAAACACUAAAAUUAUAUUCUCAUUAGACACAUUAUAAAUCAAUCACUCUACUGAAAUUUUGGUCGUUAAAGAUGGUGUGUUAAGUUUACGGAAGCUGGGAAGCUCGCUGAAACAGCAAAUCAAACUGCCAGCCACUUUAACAGCGUGCUUUCGAUUUGCACUCAGUUUUCUCUUAAUUAGGCGGAAUUAUCGACUCAUCAUUAUGCUCUGUAUGUGUAUAUUUCUUUAUUACGUAUGUAUCAUGCAGCGUUCGUAUGACGUAUCACUCAUAGACACCGUUGUGUAAGUAAAUGUAUGAUAGUUAUAAACGUGAUUUUUGAAUGUGCCAUUUGUUUCUUGUCAUUUACGUUGCAAGUAAACAAUUUAUUGAAACUAA